GGUGGCUAUUUAUAGGCCCGCGCGGAGCUACUGACUGCUCUGUUGUGCUUCCUGGCAGCGCGCGGCAGGACGGCUGCAGGGUGAGGCACGCGCGGGAGAGGAGUCGGCUUUGUAGUCAGAUGAAUUUCAGUAUGAAGCAGAAAUUGGAUGCAGGAAAAGCCUCAGGAACUAUAAAGAAGUACUUCACAGACAAUGCAAACUCAGCCCCAAGACGGACUCUUAAAAUGAUUCAGCCUUCAGCAGCAGGUUGCCUUGUUGGCAGGGUAAAUGAACCUGCUAAAUGUUCAAUCAAAAGGAAACUUUGGAGUGAUCAGCUAAUUGCAAAGACCUGCAAAGCUGAGGUUGUGGACCCAGAACAGAAAAAUGAAAAUCUGAAAGUCACUCAAGCUUUUGAUCUCAUGGUAAAAAAAAAUCCUCCCUCUCGGUAUUGGAAGGAAGUGGCUGAAGAGAGGAGGAAGGCACUGUAUGAAGUGCUUCAGGAAAAUGAAAAGCUGCACAAAGAAAUUGAACAGAAAGAUGGUGAAAUUGCCCGUCUAAAAGAAGAAAAUGAUGAGCUGGUAUUACUUGCAGAACAUGUGCAGUACAUGACAAACAUGAUUGAGAGACUAACUGGGCAGGCACCUGAUGGCCUUGAGUCACUGAAAAAUCUAGACUUGGAGGAAUUUGAGCAGGAGGAUGAAGAGAGUGAUUCUGAGGGUGAUGUAGAUUGUGAUUCUGAAGAGUUGCCUUCACAGGUCUCAUGUGAUUCUAGGGAGAAUGCCACAGAUUCAUCUGCAGAGAAAGCUAGAAGUCUGUGAAAACGGCUUGGCAAACUUGAGUGGCGAGUGUGCACGUGGCUUCCUAUCUUAAUUGCUAAAUGACUGUUGGAAGAAUAUACUGCCAAAGUUUACCUCAGAUAAAAGUUACAAGUCUUGUGGAAGCUUUAAAAGUUCACAAUGGGUUUUAACUGGUAAUAUGUAGCAAUGGAAAUAGCUGUAUACUACCUAAACAAGGUAUUACAGACUGAAUUUGGUCACGUCUAUAAAAUGGAAAUACUAUGUAUUUCUAACUUGUGUAAAUAGUAUCUGUUGCUUUGACAUGAGAAUGUGUACUUUUUAAAUAAACUAAACUC